CUCGCACCAUAGGAUUCCUGAAUCACCAGAACCCAGCCUUCAAGGCUUUGACCCAAUCUUUCUCCAACAAACCUGCACUGGAAAAUGGCAACAACAAUCGACAUAGAAAGAGAGAGACGAUCACAGGGGAAAAUAAAAAGGAGAGAGAGACAGAGAGAGGUUCUAAUACAAAUCUCCAGCCUUGUUUCUUUCCUCGUUAUUACUGAACUACCAGGCACCAGCCCGACGGCGCUGGAAAGGCCUUUGCUUGCUGCCGCCUGCCGGCCGGGAGAAAGGGAGGUUAUCUGAGGACUCCGGAGGGAGACCAAGGGGAAGGGGGGGAGCCAUGACGAGGAAGCACGGGUGGCAGCUCCCAGCCCACACCUUACAGAUUGUUGCAAUUACGGUUUUCUUCCUUCUGGUGGUUGCGUUUUAUGCCUUCUUUGUGCCGUUUCUGGGAAAGCAAGUCCUUGAGUAUGUUGCGAUAGGUGUUUAUACUCCUGUGGCAUUUGCGGUUUUCAUCCUUUACAUUCGAUGCACAAGUAUAAACCCUGCGGAUCCUGGGAUCAUGUCAAAAUUUGAGGAUGGCUUUAUCAAUUUACCAACCAACAGUGCUGGAGUAGAACGUUUGCCCCAGAAAGCAAACAAUGCUACUGGAAGAAACUCCCCAACAUCGACUUGCAGAAGCUCUCUAGAUGGGCAUUCUAAUCAGAGAGGUUCAUCUAUAGGGGAGGCAAACAUAAAUCUAGGAUCACAAGUGCCAAAGAAAAGAUCAAGCUGUUGGUUUCUUGGCGGACUUCUGUGUGCUUUAUUUGUCAAGGAGGACUGCCGGAAAUCUGAUGCCUCAGAGCAACAAGAAAAUAGUGAAGAAGCUCUGUUUUGCACAUUAUGUAAUGCUGAGGUUCGCAAAUUCAGCAAACACUGCAAAAGUUGUGACAAGUGUGUGGAUGGAUUUGAUCAUCAUUGUCGGUGGUUAAAUAACUGUGUUGGGCGGAAGAACUAUUUCACAUUCCUUGCUCUGAUGGCAAUCAGUCUCAUCUGGCUUGCGAUUGAAUUUGGAGCGGGCAUUGCUGUUAUUGUACUCUGCUUUGUCGAUAAGAAUGCAUCAAGAAAUAUCCAAGACAAGCUGGGGAAUGGCUUGACCCGGGCUCCAUUUGCUGUUAUCGUGGGCAUAUUUACCUUACUUUCAUUGGUGGCCUGCAUUCCUUUAGGAGAACUUUUCUUCUUCCACAUGAUAUUGAUAAGAAAGGGGAUCACGACUUACGAUUAUGUCGUUGCAAUGAGAGCUAUGAGUGAGGCAGCUCCAGAGGAUGAGGAAGGAGCAAAUAUCAUUUACUCCCCAUCAAAUUCAGCAACAACUGGGUUCAGUAUCGGAAGUUCACUUGGUCUUCACCACAAGGGUGCUUGGUGUACCCCUCCAAGGAUAUUUAUUGAUCAGGAUGAAGUGAUCCCACAUUUGGAGCCUGGAAUGGUGCCUUCAACUGUGGACCCUGAUGCUGCUGGAUAUGCUGAAAGAGCAAACAAAGCCAAGAAGUCAGUCAAAAUCAGUGCUCGGAGCCUUGCAAAGCUGGAUAGAAAUGAAGUAAUGAAAGCCGCUGCGAAAGCUCGGGCGUCAUCCUCGGUUCUCCGACCGAUAGAUGCCCGUCAUGAUCAUGAAGGUGAUGUUAUCUCCAGCGGCAAUGCUAGCGUCCGGAGUAGCAUGAGUGUUGACUACAGUGGCACAAAGGAAUCAAAUAGUGAGAUGAGACUUUCUCCACUUCAGAACUCAUACCCCCAAAGUCUUGUAAGCCAGGAUGACUACGAAACCGGCACACCAACCGCAAGCAGUUUAAGCAGCCCAGUCCACAUCCACAAGCUUGCCUCUCACUCUCAGUUCAAUGCAGCGCCUCAUCCUCCACCUCUUGAAAGGCCCGCGCCAGGGAUGGUGCGGCCACCUGUUCCUACCACACAAAUAACCAAUCCAAUGUUCCAGUCAGCGACAUCUUAUUUUCGAGAGAACCGAAGGGCCUCUGUUGUCUGGGAUCAAGAUGUUGGUCGGUAUGUGUCAGUUCCUGCGCAAACAAGAACAGGACCUGGUGUCGAGCUGCCAGCAAGAAACCCACGCUUCUUGGCAAACCCAAGUGGCGAGCCUAGCCACCAUGGGAGAAACCUUGCGCCUGGGAAUACCUCUUCCUCAGCGAUGCUGUCUGGGCAACCAUCUGAGAGAUUGACAUAUACUGGACAGUCGAUAUUCUUUGGUGGUCCUAUUCUUGGCACCCCUGGUAUCAACGCUCAAAGGAGGAAUGAGGCAGCCACAAGAGCACACCCUGAGGGAAGUAGAGAUCCUAAUGCUCUCCAGCGUGAUAUCCGGGGUGAGAGAGCGCAGACGGGAUCCUUACCAGUUUUUGCUCCUGGGACGUUUCAGAGGAAUCCGCCAUUUGAUAAGUGACUUGUCCCGUCAGUUGUCCUGCUCAUGAUGUUCGUCUGUUCGUCUGAAGUGCCGGUGCACCGCCAUGACAAUGCGGCGAUGCUGAUUCACCCAACCUGAAGAGUUGAUAAACCUUGAAAGGUUGCUCUUUUGCGGUUGCCAGACGGACAAUUAGAUGAAAUUCAGCCUGCAGGAGAUAACUAAAGCAUAGACAUCGCACCAGUGCUAACUUUUUUUCUUCUUCUGUGAGUGCGAUAAGCUGCUUGAUGUAAAACAUUUUCGUGUUAGGAAUUUUAGAUAUUUGAUGCACGCCAGAUAGAAGAGCUAAUUGUUCCUGAUGUCAAAUGCUGAUUUGCAGUUGAUUAUCUAUUUGGAGUGUUUAUUGCAGUUACUGUUU